AUGGUACAAAGAAAUGCCCCCAAGAAGGCCGUGCACUUCGGUGCUGGUAACAUUGGUCGUGGUUUUGUCGCUUGCUUCUUGCACAACUCAGGCUACGAAGUCAUCUUUGCCGAGGUUAACGACACUACGGUACAAAAGCUCAACUCCCAGAAGAGCUACAAGGUGAUCGAGGUCGGCGCCGACGGGACAUCAGAGUCCACCAUCACCAACUACCGCGCCAUCAACUCGAGGUUAAAUGAGGCCGAGCUCGUCCAGGAAAUCGCGACUGCCGACUUGGUCACCUGCUCCGUCGGCCCCCACAUCCUCAAGUUCCUCGCCCCCGUCAUCGCCAAGGGCAUCGAUGCCCGGUCAACAGACCUCACACCCGUUGCUGUCAUUGCCUGCGAGAAUGCCAUCGGCGCCACCGAUACCCUUGCCGAGUUCAUCAAGGCUCCCGAGAACACCAACCCCGAUCGUCUUGCCGACUACGACAAGCGCGCCCGGUUUGCCAACUCGGCCAUCGACCGCAUCGUCCCCGCCCAAGAUCCCGAUGCCGGUCUCGACGUGAGGCUCGAGAAGUUUUACGAGUGGGUGGUUGAGCGCACACCGUUCGCUGAUCACGAACCUCCUGCCGUUGAGGGCAUCCACUGGGUUGACAACCUGCAACCAUUCAUCGAGCGCAAGCUGUACACCGUCAACACUGGCCACGCGACGGCGGCGUAUCACGGGUACAUCCGCCGGAAGAGCACCGUGUACGACGCCCUGCAGGACCGUGAGAUCCAGGAGGAGGUCAAGAAGGCGCUCGCCAACACAGCCAGCCUCAUCACCCAGAAGCACGGCAUCCCGCAGGACGAGCAGCAGGCGUACGUCGACAAGAUCGUGCGGCGUAUCAGCAACCCCCACCUCGAAGACGCCGUCGAGCGCGUGGGGCGCGCCCCGCUGCGCAAGCUCAGCCGUAAGGAGCGCUUUAUCGGCCCCGCGGCCGAGCUGGCCGAGCACGGCAAGGACUGCGGCGCGCUCCUGGACGCCGCCGAGAUGGCCUUCCGCUUCCAGAACGUCGAGGGCGACGACGAGUCGUUCAAGCUCGCCGAGAUCAUGGAGCAAAACGGCCCCGAGGACGUUGUCAAGCAGGUCUGUGGCCUCGAGCCCAAGGAGAAGCUCUUCCCGGCCGUCGUCGACGUCGUCAAGCGCGUCCAGGCCGACACCCAGUCCGACUAA